AUUACUUUUAAUAUUAAUAUACAAAUACGAACACCGUCAUAGGCUAUUAGCCUUGACCUUCCUCUUUAAAUACGAAGCCCCCACAAUCAAAAAAGUCAUACGAUUUUCUAUUACGUUUUGCGAUUAGGGUUAUUUUUUUUUUCUUUACUAAUAAUUCAUUCUAAUAAAUCUUCGUUCAAAAAUUCGAUAUAAAUAAUGGCAUCAUCGUCAUCAUCAUCAUCUAAGAAACUCGUCGUGCUAAAGAGCUCAGACGGCGAGACGUUUGAAGUUGAAGAGGUGGUGGCAAUGCAGUCGGAAACGAUCAAACAUAUGAUCGAAGACGACUGCGUUGACUCCGGCAUCCCUCUCCCUAAUGUAACAAGCAACAUCCUCUCGAAGGUUAUCGAGUACUGCAAGAAACAUGUGAAGGACGCCGGCGAUAAUGCUGAUGUUUCCGAGAAGGAUCUGAAGGCGUUUGAUGAAGAAUUUAUUAAAGUUGAUCAGGGGACUCUUUUCGAUCUUAUUCUGGCUGCUAACUAUCUCAAUAUCAAGGGCUUGUUGGACCUGACCUGCCAAACUGUUGCUGACAUGAUGAAAAACAAGCAACCUGAGGAAAUCCGCAAGAUGUUUAACAUCAAGAAUGAUUUCACCCCUGAUGAGGAGGCGGCGGUCCGUGCUGAGAAUGCUUGGGCCUUUGAGCAAUUAUAAAUAUAUUAAUCUCUCUUCUUUUUUGUUUUGUUUCUUUGAAUAAUUCAGUAGACACAAGCAGUUUAUUCCUUUGUAUUUUCGAACUAUUAUUCGGAUAUCAUAAAGUUGUUUUUUUUUAGUA